AUGCCGACUAUGCUUGGUCUCACCAACGACCGUUCCUCCAACGGUCUCAAUGCCAACGAGAGCAAAUUCGGAGGCCCCUCAAGCCAAAGGGGCAUGGAACUCACCCCAGCUCAACAAAACGGCAGCAUCGUUUCCGGUAUCCAAGGAUCCGACUUCUUCAACGGCGGCGGCAAGCAGCAGGAGCACGACCCUGAUGAUGAAUCAGACGAGGAGAACCUCAAGACUAUCAAGGGCCGAAACCUCUCUGCUGUAAAGGAAAUGGAGACUCUUCUCUGGCGCGCCCUUUGCGACAAGCCCAAGACUGCCCUCAAGUACAUCGCCAAGGACGCCGUCAUGUCCAACCGCUUCCUCUUCGGCGACCCAACUCCUCGCACCGCCGACUCUGACCCUUCUCUUGAGGAGGAGGUCAAGCACUGUGAGGAGUGGCUCGCCUACAAGAUGCACGACCCCCAGCCUGUCGAGAUUGGUCUCAUGGCUGCUGCCAUCGGAUACAAGGUCACGCUGUUCCGUCAGCUCGACCAAGGAGACGGCAACUUUGGCAUGCAGACUGUCCAGGCUACCUGCUCUAGCUCUUGGAGACAGCUUGCCAGCGGAGACUGGGAGCUCACCAGUAUGUUUGCCGGUUAA